AUGCUGCCAUAUGAUCGUCAGCACCCGAUACUAUUAGCAAAACAUUCACGCUUGGCCUUGUUGGUGUGUCGUCAUUGGCAUCGCAUCAGCUGUCAUGCCGGACCUCGAGUCGUGACCGCCAUUGUGUCCCAGCAAUUUUGGAUCAUGUCUGUGAGAUCAGUGCUACAUCAAGUCAGCAGUGAGUGUACCAGCUGCGUCCGAUUUGACCAUCAACCACCUCAACCGUUGAUGGCUGAUCUGCCACCAGGCCGUGUCCAACAGUGCCGGCCGUUCGCGCGAGUGGGUAUUGAUUUCGCAGGUCCAUUGCAGCUACAAGAGACCCGCCUUCGCAAAUCACGGUCGUAUAAAGUGUACAUAGCUGUUUUUGUGUGCUUCGCGGUGAAGGCGUGUCACCUCGAGGUUGUGACCGAGUUAUCUACGGCCGCGUUCCUUGCCGCAUUCGACCGAUUUGUUGCUCGGCGUGGUCUGCCAUCCGACAUUUUCAGCGACUGCGGGACCAAUUUCGUGGGUGCCGAUCGACAAUUGCAUACGCUGAUCAAUAGCCCGGAGGGACAAUCCGCGCUAGGCGACUCUCGUCCGCAUUGUUCCUGGCAUUUCAACCCGCCCAGUGCGCCACAUUUCGGCGGAUUGUGGGAGGCUGCGGUCCGGUCGACAAAAAGGUUAUUGAUUCGCGUCAUGGGUCGUCAUCACUUCACUUACGAAGAAUUCACGACGGUGCUGUGUCGAGUGGAGGCCGUGCUCAACUCCAGGCCACUCACACCGUUGUCAUCCGAUCCAGCCGACUUGGACUACCUAUCGCCGGGACACUUUCUUAUCGGCCAACCACUACUUGCCGUGCCGCCUCGGACAUCGACAGAGGACAAGUCUAGUCUGGUGAACCGGUGGAAGUUGUUGGACCAAUGUCACCAGGCGUUUUGGCGACAAUGGUCCACCGAGUACCUGACCACACUGCAGGCACGCACAAAGUGGUCGAGCGGGUCCCCCAAUAUCCGUCUAAACGAUGUCGUCGUCAUCCGGGACAACCAGUCUCCCCCAUUGUCGUGGCGAAUGGGACGGGUGAUCGCACUGUUGCCAGGAGCCGACGGUGCAGUACGCGUGGUCCGUUUGCGAACCGCCCACGGCGAAGUGACUCGCCCUGUAGUGAAGUUGGUCGUCCUGCCCACCGAAGGGACCUGCCCAGGUACCCCCUGUUAG